AUGUUUAACAGACUGUUAUAUCUAUAUUUUUUAUUAGCUUUAUAUUUUAACCAUAUCCAUUGCCUGGAAAAAUAUGCGUCGAAAUUUUACAGACCACCAACAGCAGUACACAGACAAACUGGUUACCCAUGGGUUUGUACAAGAUAUUUGGAUGAUACUAAAGAAGUGGUACAAAAAGAAUGCAAACACCCGGUUUGCGCCAUUUUUUUUUUUUUUUUUUUUUUUUUUUUUUUUUUUUUUUUUUUUUUUUUUUUUUCAAUUAUUUUUUUCAAUUUUUUUUUUUAUCGAUUGUUUCAUUUUUGGGGAAUAAAAUAA